UAUGCACAAACAUACGUAUAAAUUCAUACAUAAACGCAUAUCUCCAUCACGUCCAAGCGUAUACCCCACAGACACGUAUUACAUACAAAAAAAAGGACACUGGAUGGCUGAGAAUACAACGUUCUUGUUAUGUCUUUCGAACAGAGAAACAGAGGAAGAAAACACGUUGACUAUGAUGCAGGAUUCCUCCACGGUGUCAUUUUGCACCAGCUUCAGUUUCUACACCUCCGUCGACUUUACCGACGCCGCCGUUAAAAUAGCCGGAGAAUCCAGAUCAGGCUGCAUUGUUCCAGAUCUUUACUCCGUUAAAGUCGACGGAGACUGGGAGGAUGACGUGGACUUCGAGUUUGUAGCCCCCAAAACGACGCCGUUGCGUGAAGACGACCUCUUCUUCUUCCCCGCCAAACCAAACGACACGGUCCCGACAAAGCACGAGGAAGACGAUGUCGUGGCAACCGAUCUAGAAAUCUCGAGGAAUCUUUUACACGGAGAAUGGAAUAUUCCGUCAUUGUCUUCACCGUCACUUUUGUCGUCAGAAUCCAAUGAUGGGGAAAAUUUACGGGCGGGAGGUCGUCGCUCCAAGAGCAAAUCCAAAGGAAGUUCUUCUGGAACACCGAAACGGUGGCGUUUCAAGGAUCUUCUGAUGAGAAGCCAAAGCGAAGGCGGCGACGCCACCUCGAUUUUCACGAACGGGAGCGACGGAGAGAAGAAUAAGAAGAAGAGUUCAACUUACGCCAAGAGGACCCACAAAACGACGCCGUAUGGUGUCGCGCAAGGGGAUAAGCGAAGAAAAUCUUACUUACCGUACAGGCAAGAUUUGAUUGGAGUUUUCGCCGCCGUGAAAAGAUUAUGCCACUGACCGUAGUUAGUUUUAUUUCAUAAUUCAGCACUUGAGCAAAUGGAAACAGCAAAUCAGCCCUAUUUCCUUUUCUUUUUC